AUGCUGACGGCGGGUUACAGACAUUGGACUGCAAUCCCCCCUCAAUCUGGCCGAAAUCCCGAUACCGAACAUCCACCUUCAAUUUUUGGCCCUCGCGGAGCAGGAACAGUGGCGGGAACAAUCAGGAAAGAGCCAAAAGGCUGGAAUAUCACCCAAAUAGCAUCGCCGGUGGUUGAGGGCGAGCGUGGAGACUUGCAUGAUGGCAGCUACACUGAGUACGUCUGCUCAGGGACACAUAGCCCGGACCGUUGCGUUUCCCCGGGAAACAGGUCUGCUAGUCAUUCAAUUACUGACGUGGAGUGCACUCAUGUAGACGGGGCGCUCAACUCAGCCCCUGACACACCCUCUACCAUUUAUCCCGAUCGUUUGAUCCGCCCUCUCCCAAGACGGACCCUGCGCUCUCGUCUCUCGUCGGACGCCGCGGAUACAAUCUACUAUCCCCCCACACCACCUGCAUCCCAGAUCUUCUACGGUGUGUCUGGAGACUCGGAAGAGGCGGUGAAUGAAUCUAAGGUCUACGUACAACAGACCAUUGAGACGGAGCUGUCCCCGGAAGUGGACGCACAUAAUUUUGAGACGGCUGUAGAGUUGGAGAGCGGGGAUGAGGACGGCCCUGUAGUGGUCCGCAGAAGUGGUGUCCGGAGAUCUUCUCUCUCCCCCUCCACCUCCAGCAGCCAUCCCAAGUUCCCCGUUGACACUCCCCCCGCCAAAUCCUCUUCAUCUGGCCCUGACGGCUACGACGCCUUCGAGAACACGAAUAACAAGAAGAAACGAAAAAUUCCCACACCGGGGAGUCUGGGAGGACACCACUCCACGCUCUCAGCCGAAUUCGCCAGCAUGGGCUGUGGGAGCUCAACCCCCGCCCCUCCGCCGGUGCCAUCAGCCCCAGCGGACCCAACCGGCACGUACUACGGCAAUGGAAACCCCGCGUCCCCUUUGGCAAGUGGGAUCUCUGGCUCAGGUAGAGGCCGUCUUGGGAGGCCUAUCGUGCGCAGCAGCAGCCGAACCGCGUUAUCUGCCAACGCUCAGAAUGGAUGGAUGCACACUCGAGCUCCAAGUCGGCGCGAUGCGCUGAUGUCAUCUCCUGAUCCUUCCGCCGAAUCGUCGGAUCAAGGAAUCAUUUCAACUGCGAUUGCCAACGCAACACUUUCAUCCCCACCGCGGGGUCCUAGCAACGUCAGUCUGCUCGAACAAGAGAAUGCCACGCCGACGAAGACUCAAUUCACAUUCACUUGCGAGUCAGACUCUUCGAAGGGAAUGGCAAUGCAAAGGAAUUACACGAUACCUCAGCGCUCGCCAACUUCGCCCCUCGACCCUGCAAGUCAGAAACAGGGAGGAUUCUCCGCCCAAGGAACACAAACAAGUCCCAAUAUGGGUGCGUCUAUGAGCCAACAUGGCCCACCAGGUGCGCAACCCCCCGCCCAGGCGGGAGAGCCACCUGUGGUUCCCAAGAAGAAGCGCUCCCCAGCCACCAUCUAUGCAAUGUCUGCACGGCAGCGCAAGAUCCAGCAACAAUACACGAAUUUGCACCAUCCUCCAAGCUUGGAGGACAUUUGGAUAUGUGAGUUUUGCGAAUAUGAGAGCAUCUUUGGGCGCCCGCCUGAAGCCCUCAUUCGACAAUAUGAGAUGAAAGACCGCAAAGAGCGCAAGCGAUUGGCGGAAAAGAAAAGGCUUCUUGAAAAGGCCAAAAUGAAAGGCCGCAAGACCAAGAAGGCCCCCAAAAGCGCAUCGAAGAAUACGCAGCCCUACCACCAGGGAUACGACCGCGCUUCGGUUGACCACUCCUCCGCUGGCGGCUCAGGUCUCCCCGACGACGAAUACAACGGCCACGAGUAUGAUGACGAACAUUCUCCAAUACCACCGUCCGCGCCCGCCUCGCCUACCGAUCUCAAACCCCCGCUUCCGGCCAGCAAUCAUCCCAAGAUAGCGGCUUCGGUCCCUGGCAUCAAGGGAGCUGCGGAUGCUGGGGCAGGUCGACCGGCGUGA